AUGAAGCUCCUCCCCUUUGCCUCGCUUCUCGCUCUGGCCGCGGCCUCUCCCGCCGAGCGCCGUCAAUCCUCCGACGCCUUCUCCCUCAACAUCCGCUGGUCCAACAGCCCUCUGUCUGGACCGUUGAACGCCAACGGUGGCAGCUUCUGGACUGGCAAAUCCACCUCUUCCUACUGCCCGGACACUGUCCCGCAAUGCAAGACUGUCAACGGGACCUCUUUCACCGUGCAGGAUGACAAGGUGUUCCUGAACGCCGUCGUCCCUGGCGGACAGCAGGUCUACGUCUCCCCCCAGGGCCAAUUGACCUACACCCAGCCGCACAGCGCCUACAUCCCGACCGGCUCCCUCACCAGCCUCGCCAGCUGGUCGGCCGCUAGCGGCGCCUCCUUCCUCAACCCGUUCCUGACCUUCUGGCUCUGCAACACUGAAGCCAACCCGAACGCUUGGAGCGUCUGGCUCGAGUACACCAAUGGCACCACCGGCGCCAUCACCAACAACGGAUCCAACGGGUCCAAUGCCUGCACGCGCAUUGCCCUCGAGGCCAAGCCCUACAAGGGGGAUGCGGCGUGGGAGUUUGCGUGA